CGCACCGUACACACGCCUCUACUGUUUUCUGAUUCCUAUCUAGAACUUUCCAGCUAGCUAGCCACGGCUAUCUCCCCCUGACAACACUUCUAGCUCCAUGGCAACCGAACGCAGUUUCCCCGAUAGCGUCAUAGACGAGGACCCACAGAAAGCUCUUGAGGAAUUGAAUGAAGCCUUGGAAGGACACUCUGACAAUGCAGAAUGGUUCUGCCAACGAGCCUACACCCACCUUCAACUGAAACUACAGCUGUGCUGUCAACGAUGCCAAGAAAUCCCAGCAGCUCAACUUCUUGCCUUCAUGAGAAUGGGUUCAGAUGACACUUUCCGAACGUGGCUCAAACGCUGUGAUGAUGGCGAGCGGCGAAUCAGAACGGAAACGAGAAUAACAUAUACCACACAUCAAUUGUCGGCUGUGGUGAAGCUUCCUUCAGGGGAGGACUUCAGCUUGAACAUGAACCUGCUGCAUCCCAUUGUCCCCCAACACAGCACCUUCAAGGUCCUCUCCACAAAGGUGGAGGUCAAGAUGCAGAAGACAGAGGGGAUCAGGUGGGAGAAGCUGGAGGGAGAGGGACAGGAGCCCAACGUCAAACACUUCAUCCCCAACCAGUACCCGUCAUCGUCUGCCUCCAGCCGUAACUGGGACAAGGUGGUGGGGGACAUCAGUGAGGAGGAGAAGGAGAAGAAGCUGGAGGGAGACGCAGCGCUUAACGAACUCUUUCAACAAAUCUACUGUGACGGCACUGACGAGGUCAAACGGGCCAUGAACAAAUCCUUCGUGGAUGGAGUCGGGUGGUACAGUCCUGAGCACCAACUGGACAGACGUUGGGAAGAGAACGGUAGAGAUGAGCCCUCCUGAUGACAUGGAGUUUAAGAAGUACUGAAGAACACUCUCGCUCUCUGCCUCAAAUGGAUCGCCCAUAUCUCCUCUCCCCCGAAUGGUGCUUAAAGUUAGUGAGGGAGAUGAGUCUCCAGCUUCAGUGAUAUUGCUUUCUCCUUCUCUUUGCCUCCAAUGGACAUGUCCACUUUAUUCCCCCAAACCCACCCCUCCCUCCACCUUCCAGUCCGUCUGUCAAUAUUUAUGUCGUCCCAUUCACCACUUGGAAUGAAUACAAAGUAUGUGAAAUGUUUUGAUUUUUUGUUUGUUUUUUGUUAUACUUGUAUAAGAAUUCUAGAAUAUUUUUCCACAUCAGCAGCAAUACAGUCAUGCAAUGGAAGUCGAAUUUUAAUUUCCUUUUCCUCAAUGUGAUUCAAACUUAAAUGUAAAUAAAUUAUUUUGUUUAUGGAUCACAA